AUGUUCACAGGUGUUUAUCCAAAUACCCCAGGCACAUACCCUGAAGUCACAGCUCGUAAAUAUAUGGACAGACAGUCGGAACUGAACAUGUUCUCCACCGCUUCUUCCUUGGCAUUGAAUGAAUUGGACGCGCGCCAAUAUUGGUCUGUUUCCUCUCAUAUUUCAGGUUCAAGUAGCAUGUACUCAGCUGGUGGAGAGGAAAAUUUACGCUCCGCAAGUACCGAUCCAAUCGUUUGUUUACCAGGGUUUCCAACAGAUGACAGGGAUAGCGAAUUGAUAUCCUCUGCCGUUGGUGAAGAUUCAGUGGAUAGUAAUCCUUCAUUUGCCGAGAAAUUCAAUACUUUCCCCACCAAAGGUUUUCUUUCUGAAGACAAUGGGUUUGCUGAGGUUAUCCCUUCCUCGCCAGAGGGGAAAUCACGAGUAUCUUUUGAAAGCGAAAUAUCGUCUGAAAUUUCAAAGACCACUCCUCCAAACGGGACUUCGGUUUACGAAGCUUUGGUAGAGCCACCUCCCUCUCAAAAUGAGUCUGUUGCUCUGUCUUUCGGACAUUCAAACGAUUUGGACUUUUUGAACAACCCAAGUGGAUCGGGCUCUUCAAAUGACGUUAAUAGAAGCUCGGGUUCCAUAUCCCUUCCCAAAAAUGUGUCUUUAGAUUUUAACGUUGACAAUAAUCUUUUUUUCACAAACGAGCUGGUAGCAUCUGAAUCACAUAAGAUGGCCAAAUUCCACCUUGGUAAGAGAAAUGCAAAAAGCUUGCUAACAAGAUGGAAAACCAUUGAAAUGUAUGGAGAAUCUGUCAAAAGGACUGAUGACACAUAUUCCAAUUUCCAAUUUGCGCAAUAUAUUUUGAAGGUUGGUUUGAAUUUGGAAAACUUACAAGAAUUGGUUGAAGAGCAAGAAUUGGCUGAAGAACAAGAGGGCAAGAGUGGUUCCUUUACUGUUGACAGCUUGAAAGAAUCGUUACUGAUGGACGCAAAAAUAAUUCUGAAGAAAUUAAGUGCUGUCGGAUAUCCGGAUGCGCAGUACCUGUUAGGCGACGCUUACUCUUCUGGAGUUUUUGGAAAGGUAAAGAAUAGAAGGGCAUUUCUCCUGUUCUUAGCGGCAGCCAAAAGGUUACACAUUGAAAGUAUAUUCAGAACAGCUAUCUGUUAUGAGUGCGGAUUAGGUGUGACAAGAAAUGCAUCAAAGGCAGUUAACUUUUUAACCUUUGCAGCAACUAAAAAUCACCCUGCUGCAAUGUAUAAAUUGGGUGUAUAUUCUUUUCACGGUUUGAUGGGUCUUCCCGAAGAUAUUUUAACAAAACUGGAUGGUUAUAGAUGGUUACGAAGGGCUACAUCCAUGGCCAAUAGUUUAAUUUGCGGUGCCCCUUAUGAAUUGGCUAAUAUCUAUAUGACAGGAUUCAAAGACCUUAUUAUUUCAGAUCCAGAUUAUGCAAUGGUACUUUAUAAGAAGGCAGCAAUUCUGGGGCACACUGAAUCUGCAAGAAUAUUGGCAGAAGCUUGUGGAAAUAGAGGUAUUUCUUCUCGUAGAAAUCAUCGACUAUCACAUAAAUUACCCAAAGCUUCCGACAAUGUUCUCGUGUCCAGGAAAUUGAUUUAA